AUGGGGGCGAAGGUGGAGGUGGAGGUAGAGUACAUGCUGGAGAAGGCCGAUAAGAAGAAGGAUGGAGGUUUGUCCAAUAAGAAGAAGCUGGAGUGUAGGAUGAAGAUUGCAGACCUCAAACAGAUAUGCAUCAGACCUGACGUUGUAGAGGUGCACUCUCCAUUCCAAAAAGUUGAAGAUCCACUUCAAAAAGGCAACCAAGAGGGCCGGAUAUAA